AUGAAUCCUAGUGAAUCCAAUAUCAUUUCACAAACAGACGACAAUGAAUCUCCAUCCCAAUUAAUAGGUCACGAUUUUAUACUGGAUGGUUCAUUAUUUCGCUCUGACAGUGAUGACUUUAAUCAAUUAACUUUAAAUGAUCAGCUUGGCCAACAACAGAAUCUCGCUAUUGAAUGGACUGAAUUAUUGACUUCUGGGCCACUUGUAAUCAAUUAUGUAAAUAGUUUAGUUGUAUAUGCCAGUAGACGUGACUUUCCAUUUAUUCGUCCAUCAUCUAUAAGUCUUCAACAUAUAAAAGGUCUCGACUCAUUUAGAGCAGCAAUUAUUUGA